AUGAAUAUAACCAACGAGUUAGAGUCGAACUCGAGUGAGGAGAUGGACAGCUGGAUUUCCCAGUACUGUUCGAUCUUCGGGCACGACUACUUUGUGGAGGUUGCUCCAGAGUUCAUCGAAGACGACUUCAACUUGACGGGGUUGAGCUCAGUUGUUCCGUUCUAUAGAGAGGCACUGGAUGUUAUUUUGGAUCUGGAACCCGAAGUCCCCAUCAAAGUAUCCAACGUUCCACUGGUGGAGCAUGCAGCCCAGUUACUAUAUGGAUUAAUUCAUGCAAGAUUUAUUCUCACCAAACAGGGAUACCAUCUCAUGGCAGAAAAAUACGAACAGAAAGUAUUCGGAACCUGUCCGCGAUACUACUGUGAAGGAAUGCGACUCAUACCUAUUGGACGCUACGACCAGACGGGAAUCGAAACCGUGAGACUGUACUGUCCAUGCUGUAACGAUAUCUAUCUGCCUUCGUCGUCCCGCUACUUGAAUAUCGAUGGGGCGUUCUUCGGGACUUCCUUUGCUGGGCUUUUCAUCAAAAUGUUUCCCGAGAUCGAGAGACAAUGUCAACAGCGACUCAACAAGCAAUAUGAACUCAAGUUGUUUGGAUUCCGCAUAAAUGAGAGAGCUGCCUCGGGGCCUCGUAUGAAGUGGCUCAGGCAGGUCCCCAGAACCAAAGAGGAAAUAGAGGAGUUCGACAAAUGUGAGUUUGAGCUCCCUCAGGACGAUUACAGAGAAGACACCGAGCGCGACGAGCAUGACGGAAGUGAGAGCGUCAUGAGUAUAGCCCAAGAAGAAGAAGAGCUGUAG